AGUAAUAUUCCGGUUCUGAUACUGUGAAGCUAAAUAGGGAAGUAAAAUGGAGCAAUGGAGUCCAAGACCUAUAACGAAGGACUUGAAAAGAUGAGAAAAUCAUGACAGUAUUUUCAGUAAUUGAAGGAGCUGUCAAAGAAUACAGCCACUUGUACUAGGUGUUACUCAACCUUAGGAUUGAAGAAUUCACAAGAAAGUUUAUAUAAGCAAACCAAGUAUUUAGGAAUAUAGUAAAUGCAAACAAACGGACAACACAAAACCACACAGACAAAACCCCCCCCACCACAUUUACUGUAGUUUGAUAUUAUUGGUAUCCAAAUGGGUCACAGUCCCACUUGAUAUCCCCAGUUUAAAAAUAAUAAUAAAAAAAAGCUUUUGUAGAGUAUUAUGCUGCCUUGCAGUUUCCCAACCAUCUGGGAGGAAUGUUGCCAGCAGGUCAAGGGAGGUGAUCUUCCCCCUCUACUCAGCCCUGGUGAUGCCACAACUGGAGUAUUGUGUACAGUUCUGGGCUCCCCAGUAAAAGAGGGACAUAGAACUACUGGAGCGAGUCCAGAUGAGGGCUACAAAGAUGGUCAGAGGACUGGAGCAUCUGUCGUACAAGGACAGGCUGAGAGCUGGUUCUGUUUAGCCUGGAAAAGAGAAGACUGAGGGAAGACCUCAUUGAUGUAUAAAAAUAUCUGAGGGGAGGGUGUCAAGAGGUUGAAGCCAGUCUCUUUUCAGUUGUACACAGUGACAAACUGAAGCACAGGACAUUCCACUUCAAUAUGAGGGGGCACUUCUUUACUAUAAGGGUGACAGAGCACUGGAACAGGUUGCCCAGAGAGGCUGUAGAGUCUCCUUCUCUGGAGAUAUUAAAAUCCCGCCUGGAUGCCGUCCUGUGCAACGUGCUCUAGGUGGUCCUGCUCGGCAGGGGGGGUGGACUAGAUGAUCUUCAGAGGUCCCUUCCAACCUCAACCACUCUGUGAUUCUGUGAAUGUAUGGCCAUUUAUUUUUCUUUGAGUCAUCCGUUGUGUCUGAGUUCAGGCAUCGAGGGAAUUUGGAAAGACAAUGUAAGAAGAACACAAUCAGUUACCAAGAUCUGGACUGUCUUUCCAGUUUUGCUGUGCAAUACUGGUCAAACAGCUUUUUCUUUUGUGCUAUUUCCUUUCUGACUUUCCAUUUCUCUGGAUAAUUGAGAUGAGGUUGUUUUCAUUUCUUAAGGAUGUGAAGUUAAUAGAACUUCCCUUUUUGUCAUUUGUAUGUUUUUCAUAACUUUUUAGCCUAUGGGCUAAAUUUGCUCUCCCCUGCCUGCAAAUGCUAGUCUCAGAGCCCUGAAACUUUUGUGAAAGUUGGCUGAAGAGAGGAGAAAGAGCCCUGACUGCCCUGCUGAGUGGAAGGUUGGGCACUUAUAUCCAGAUGAAUAACACUCCUCAUAAAUGCUGAGAUUAAUCAGCAAGGGUGUACCAGCAAACUGAUAAGCAAGGACAAGCAACAGCUGCUCCUCCCAAAACUGGUGGGGUUAUAUUAUUGACAAGAUAAAGGAAUGAUAGGAGGAAGACAUGUGAAGCAAGCGUAUCUGUAAAGGGACAUAGGAUGCAAACCUGUAGAAAAUCAUGAUUUAUGAGUUCUGCAGAUCAGGACUUGUGUAAUCCCAAGAGUCUGGAUUGUGGGUGCUACCCCAGGUACUCCUAUAUAUUAACAAGAUGACAAAGGAGACAGCUUUAUCUGAGGAUGUGUGAGCAAAACUUCAGGCAGCACCUGUUGUAACCCAGGCGUGGAAUGACCAACCCCUGGCUCCUCCAAGCCGUGUAUCAGUCCAUCUUUUAAUAACAUCCCUCAACAGCAGACAAAGAAAAAUGCGAAGCUUUCCACAGAAGGGCGUAACAGGUGGAAACCUUUCAACCAUGCGCGGCUACAGAGACUGGGGAGAAGCCGCGGCGUGUCUGUGAGGAGGCACGAAGCAGCACCGAGGUGCCCGCCAUCGCGUGCCUCCUCACAGAGCUCCUGCACCGAGCGGGGAGAGCUUGGUCGGGAAGUGACGAGGGGGUCCCCUCACAGCUCGGCUCUUCCUCAGGCAGGCCCCGGGCGGUGGGGAGGGAGCGCCGGGGCCGCCCGGGAUUGCGGGAGGCGGCGGCGGCAGGAGGAAAGGGGGCGGCCGGCGCCUCCCCGCGGCUGGGGCCGGGCCGGGCCGAGCCGAACGCGGAAGCGGGCGGCGGCUGGUGUCGGUGCGCGGCCAGCGGGGCCGGGCGCAGGAUGCGAGGAGGAGGAGAAGGAGGAGCAGCGGGAGGAGCGGCAGCAGUCGGAGGAACCGCCGCUGCGGCAGCAUGAGCGGGGCCGCGGCGAAGCAGCCCCCCGGAGCGGGGUCCGCGGACAAGGCGGCGGCCGCGGCCGCCGGGGACUCGGUGCCGGAGCCGCCGCCGCCGUCGCUGUUGAGCGUGGACGUGACGGGUUUGGUGUCGCAGUUCGCCAGGAGCUUCGUGCUCAUCUUCCCCGUCUACGUGCUGGGCUACCUGGGGCUGAGCUUCAGCUGGGUGCUCAUCGCCCUGUGCGGGCUCUUCUGGAUCCGCAGGCACCGCGGCGGCAAAACCUCCCGCCUGGGCCGGGCUCUCGCCUUCCUGGAGGACGAGGAGGAGGCGGUGCGGCUCAGCGUCUCCUCGGCGGAUCUGCCCGCCUGGGUCCAUUUUCCAGAUACAGAGAGAGCAGAAUGGCUCAACAAGACUGUAAAACAGAUGUGGCCUUUUAUCUGCCAAUUUAUUGAGAAGCUCUUCCGGGAGACCAUAGAACCAGCAGUAAGAGGAGCAAACAACCACCUCAGCACUUUUAGUUUUACAAAGAUUGAUAUUGGUCAUCAGCCACUGAGGAUAAAUGGUGUAAAAGUGUACACUGAAAAUGUGGACAAAAGGCAGAUCAUUUUGGAUCUUCAAAUCAGUUUUGUUGGAAACUGUGAAAUUGACUUGGAGAUCAAGAGAUACUUCUGCAGAGCUGGCGUGAAAAGUAUACAGAUCCAUGGUACUAUGAGAGUUAUCCUGGAACCACUAAUUGGAGACAUGCCCCUAAUUGGAGCACUAUCACUUUUUUUCCUUAGGAAACCUCUUUUAGAAAUUAACUGGACUGGACUGACCAAUCUUCUGGAUGUUCCAGGGCUGAAUGGCUUAUCAGAUACAAUAAUAUUGGAUAUAAUAUCCAACUACCUGGUCCUUCCAAAUAGAAUUACUGUUCCCCUUGUCAGUGAAGUGCAGAUUGCUCAGUUGCGAUUUCCUAUACCAAAAGGUGUUCUAAGGAUACACUUUAUUGAAGCUCAGGACCUGGAGGGUAAAGAUACUUACCUAAAAGGGAUCGUCAAAGGAAAGUCAGAUCCUUAUGGAAUCAUCCGUGUAGGCAACCAGAUUUUCCAAAGCAAGGUCAUCAAAGAAAAUCUCAAUCCAAAAUGGAAUGAAGUUUAUGAGGCCUUAGUAUAUGAACAUCCAGGACAGGAGCUAGAGAUUGAGCUCUUUGAUGAAGAUCCAGACAAAGAUGACUUCCUUGGAAGUUUGAUGAUAGAUUUAAUUGAAGUUGAAAAGGAACGACUUCUAGAUGAGUGGUUUACUUUGGAUGAAGUGUCCAAAGGAAAAUUGCAUUUAAAACUGGAGUGGCUCACAUUGAUGCCAACGGCAGAAAACCUAGACAAGGUGCUAACUAGCAUUAGAGCUGAUAAAGACCAAGCCAAUGAUGGACUUUCUUCUGCAUUGCUUAUUCUCUAUUUGGACUCAGCAAGAAACCUGCCUCAUAAUCCAUUAGAAUUUAACCCUGAUGGCUUGAAGAAGGCUGCUGUUCAGAAAGCCCUAAAGUCAGGAAAGAAAAUAAACAGCAAUCCCAACCCACUUGUUUUGCUGUCAGUUGGACACAAGGCACAGGAAAGUAAGAUUCGAUACAAGACCAAUGAACCAGUAUGGGAGGAAAACUUCACUUUCUUUGUACACAACCCCAAAAGACAAGAUCUUGAAGUUGAGGUGAGGGAUGAACAGCACCAGUGUUCUCUGGGGAACCUCAAACUGCCUCUAAGUCAGUUGCUGGAGAGUGAAGAUUUAACUAUGCAUCAGCGGUUCCACCUGAGCAACUCUGGUCCAAACAGCACUAUAAACAUGAAGAUUGCACUCAGGGUCCUUUCUCUUGAAAAGCAAGCAAGAUCUCCAGAUCAUCAACACUCAGCCCAAGUAAAAAGGCCGUCUGUUUCCAAAGAUGCAAGAAAAUCAUCUUUUAAGCCUCAGGUUCCUGUCUCGCCACCACUUGAUUCAAACAAACCUGUUCCAGCCUCCCCAGUGACUGACAGUGAUAAAAAGACAGAUGUGGCUGAAAAAAGCCAGCCUUCCAAUGCCAGUCCUCAGUGGCCAACAGAUCUCAGCCGAAGUUCUUCAAGUCUUCAUGCCUCUAACUUCAAUUAUUCUCCCAGCCACCUCUCAGUCAAGGAACCAACUCCUAGCAUAGCCUCAGACAUAUCUCUGCCCAUUGCUACACAGGAGCUACGGCAAAGACUGCGACAACUUGAAAAUGGAACAACCCUGGGGCAAUCUCCAUUAGGACAGAUACAGCUAACAAUUCGUCAUAGUUCACAAAGAAACAAACUGAUUGUGGUAGUGCAUUCCUGCAGAAAUCUAAUAGCAUUUUCUGAAGAAGGAUCCGAUCCAUAUGUUCGAAUGUAUUUAUUGCCUGAUAAGAGAAGAUCAGGAAGAAGAAAAACACAUGUAUCAAAGAAGACAUUAAACCCGGUGUUUGAUCAAAUAUUUGAUUUCAGUGUUUCCCUCCCUGAAGUACAGAGAAGAACACUAGAUGUAGCAGUGAAGAACAGUGGUGGUUUCUUGUCCAAAGAUAAAGGGCUGCUUGGCAAAUUAUUGAUACCUCUGGCAUCUGAAGAACUUGCUAAAGGCUGGACCCAGUGGUAUGACUUAACAGAAGAUGGUACAAGACCACAUGGUGCAAGCUAGGCCCAUAGAUACUGGGAGUUCCUGACACAUACCUUUGCCAACCUUUAUAUAUUUUUAAAGCAUUGUUCUCACAGAUGUACCAAUAUUAUUUUUAUAGCUUUACCAAUUUAGUUGUCAGACACAUCCCCAAUAAUUUUAUAACACUUGGUCAUUUUAUGUAGACAUACAGUUUCUCAUUGUUAAAUUUUGUAUUUUAAUUUGCUCAAAAAUUGUUACUGUCAUGUGCAAUCGUACAGUAAAGUAACCUUUUGUGUUUAAGUUCAUCUUUAUGGUGGUUAUACCUAUUAGAAAGUGAAAAGAUGUUUCCUGCCUUGUUUUAUAUCUCACCAAGCUAUACUGUACCAUGUAAAUAUAUACUAUUUUUUUAUAAUUCUUUCAUGCUGGUUUGAAUUAAGAAGAAAAUUAGAUAAAGGAUAUAGAUAUUUUCUUCUAAAUGCAUGUUAAUUUCUUCAAAUGAAUCUCUUUUGUCUUUGCAGCACAAUGGUCUUAAUGUUAAUCAUUUUGUGAUAUUCUUCAAAAACAAACUGCAGAAAAAUGUUUUUACUUUAUUGUGCUUCUGGCCCAGUGUGGCAACUUUAAAAUGUACAAAACAUUAACAUUUUAGUAUUUAUAUAUAAAUGUAUUAUUGGAAAAUCAUGCUAUAGAAUAUUAUAAACAGAAAUGAGAAUUCUAUAAAUAUUGUAUAAAGAGAGGUCCAUGAAUCACAAUUUAUAAAAUUGAGUUUUCAUUUAAUGGAGUAAACAUUACAAGCAGUACAAUUUGUUAUACAGGUUCACUUGGGUUUUGUUAUUUAUUCCUGUACUCUACAGUACUAAACAAGUGACCCUUUGAAGGCAUGAGGACAUGGAUUUUACUGUAUUAUAAACAAAUCUCUAUUUAGAACUGUCCUGUCUGCCUUGUUUCACUGAUAAGGUAUACAAAUCAGCUUGCAAUGUAAGUUCAUACAGUAGGCAUAAGUACAAAACAUAUGUUCUUUUUGUUAUAGAAUACUGUGCUAAAUAGUUUAUUAUUCUAUACCUUCUGUAAUACUACAAUGGAACACCAAUAUGUAAGAAAGUGUGAAACUGAGUUGAAAGUAACUGUCUUUACAGUUGCCUCACUGCUACUUAGUGUGUUUGGUGCAUGAAGAAAAUGCACGUCAGUGGUCCACACAGCUUUCUUGAGAAAUAAUGGCGUUCUACUGAAGCAUUGCCAUAGUCUGCUGCAAGAUCAGUAGUGAUACUCAAACUGAUAAAAGUAGACAGUUGCAAGUUGAAGGGAGAGUAUCAGCCUCAGCAGCUGAGCUCACAGCUCUAGUUUUAUGAAUUAUGGUGUGUUUUUGUAUCCUGAACUGAUUUUUCUUUUGCUGGUAAGUUUUCUCAGACUGUUAUUAAAAAAAAAUGUGCAUUAUGAAUCCAAGAGAACAGUUGAGCUCUUUCAGAGCCAACACCCUCAUUCUUGGAUAAAUAUGCAAUUAGACAGAAGAAGUACAUUAUUUAGCUAAGAUUCUAGAAUGAUCUCUCAGCCAAGAAAGAAUUUUAAAGCAUAACAAUAAACUCCUGAAAUUAGCUUUAUUGUAAAAUUACUGACGGAACCUUAAUUCUAGAUGUAGAAUAUGCCUACAUUACUAGAUGUACCAAAGUGCCUACCAUAGAUGUAGCUUUUUGUCUUUUUCAAGUUUAAGAAUUGACUUAUUUUAGUUUGUCAAAAUUCAGUUUAACAUGAACAUUUCUCACGCAGAUGUGACACACACAUACACCUCUAUACAGUGAUGGCCUUCUUAUUGCCACAUUUUGUAUGAGACAAUUUUUGCAAACAAACCUACAUUGUAGAUUUUGCUGCUGUUACUUUCUGAGGGACUGGGCAAUAGAGAGAGGUUCUUUGUAAGAAACGUUUCUAUUUGAAGGCUUCACUUUAUAUUGGAUUGUAUGAGUGUCUGUAUGCAUAUACACUCAUCUGUUCAUAUAAAAUAUAUAUUGUGAAAUACAGAUUUUUCUUUGCUAGAUCUCUGUUAAAAUGCUAGGAAUGAAAAAACAGAAUUAUUGUUAAUGCAGUGGAAAUUGAAAAAGCAAAAGGUGUUGUAAGAAAGAGGUGUGCAUGCAGUAGUUCAGCACAAUUGUCUUUUGCCUUGGUUCAGCCAGAGGUGGAAGAACUUUUGCACUACAUCUUAGCCAGUGACUCAGCAGAGUUUGAUCCCUAGCAUACAGAUAAGCAGUAAGACUGAUACAGUGCUUCAAGUCUUAAGUGAAGUCUCUGGGGACAGAUGUUGGAAGUCUGCACUUGAACAAAAAGAGCGCAUAUUUUGUCUUCUGAAGUCUCCAGGGGAAAAGAUGCUGUGUUUGGGUAAACACAAGAUGAUAGCACAAAGUGAGGAACUGAAUAAAUUGUAUAGGACAGGUUUUCAAAUAGCUCAGGACCCCACGUUAGGGAUGGGUUCUUAAGAAAAGUGCAGUUCCUAUUUAGGAAUCUGAAGUGAAGAGGCUGUAAUUCAGCAACAAUGCAAAUUCCAUAAUUCCGAUUGGCAGGUAUCAGUCAUGGAUGCCACACUAUUUAGAAAUGUUCUGAGUGAAUUUGGAUCAGAAUAAGAAUGCCUAUUGUUGGUAGUGGAAGCAAACCUCUGUAUUGUAGUUACCAGGUUCUGAGUGUUCUGUUUGUAUGGAAGUAGUGAGGACAAACACCACUUUUCCUCUGGGCAAGAAUUGCACUUCAUUAUCAAGUCAAUGUAUUCAGUAUCAACUGAUAGCUUUUAAUGUAGUUCUUGUUUAUCCUGUGCCUUAAAAUAUGAACAUAUGAAGAUGUUUAAGAAAUGGCUAAAAUGAGCUUGUUGCUUGUAUGUAUCAACCACAGUCUCUAGUAUUGAAACUGUUUUUAGGAUUACUCUGCUUCACUGACAUGAAAACCAGCUCUCUUUUACUGCAGUGAUCCAACCCAAACUCAAAUCAGCAUGCAUAUCACUCAAGUUUGGGUUAAAAGAAUUUUAGUUUUGUCUUGAAUCCUUUAUCAGAGCUGCAGCUAAUGGUGAGAGUUGAAAUGAGAACAAAGGGUAAUCAAUUUUGUACAGAUUGCCUUUUUUGCUCAUGUAAUUCUACAUUAUGAUGCAUGUAUUCAAUAAAUGGUUCAUAUGGAA